AUGGUGAUGGAGGUGGUGCAUGAAGAUUUGGGGGAAGGCAGCAUGCAAUGCACCAGCCACCCUUACAAAAACAGCACCCCGGGCGGGAUCUGCGCUUUUUGCCUUCAAGAAAAGCUCGGGAAGCUCGUCUCCUCUUCAUUACCGGUCACCAUUUUGCCUUCCUCAUCCUCUUCAUCCUCCUCCAGAUCUGAUUUCGGCGGUGGAAACGCCGCCGCCCUCCAGCCUCGCCACCUCGCCCCAUCCUCCUCCAACGCCUCCGAGAAUGCGAGCAGCGAAUGCAAUUACUACUCGAGGAGGUCGAGACUGCCCUUUGUUUUGACGCAGAAGAAGAAGACGAAGAAGAUGAAAGAUGGAGUGGCGGUGGGGGGCUCGGAUUCCGGCAGCAUUGUUUUCAAGAGAAGCAAAUCUACUGCAACUCCGAGAAGAGGUAUGCAUUUCUUGGAUGGAGGUUUCUCUGAUGAUUAUAGCCCUCAUAGAAGGGGUUUUUGGUCAUUUCUUUACAUGUCAAAGCAUUCUAGUGGUAAAAAGAGUGGGAAAAGCUUGAAAGAUUCGAACUUUACACCAGCCACAGCUAGUAGCACUGUUGGAUCAUCUUCUGUCAAUGGCAGCGGUGGUGGUAGUAAUGGGGUUAGGCCAAGGGAUAAGAAAAGGGAGGAUUUUGUGGUGGUGGAUGAGAAUGGGAGUCCUGAUCAAGCUGCAUUUGAUAGGAAAGUGUCAAGAUCCAGAUCUGUUGGCUGUGGGAACAGGAGUUUCUCAGGUGAUUUCUUUGAGAGGAUUUCGACCGGCUUUGGCGAUUGUACCCUCCGCCGUGUUGAGUCGCAGAGGGAAGGGAAGCCCAAGGUUCAAGCUGCACAUAGGAACAGUGGGAUCAAUGGCCAAGAUUGCAUCAAGGAGAGGGUUAGGUGUGGAGGGAUCUUUGGUGGAUUCAUGAUCACCUCAUCCUCCUCAUCGUCUUCGUCUUCCUCGCAUUGGAUUUCGUCCUCUGCAGAGGAUAACGGUGGGAAUUCGAAGGCGAGGCAGGUCUCCCAUGGGAGGAGCAAGAGCUGGGGCUGGGCUCUUGCAAGUCCAAUGAGGGCUUUUAGUAAGCCUUCUUCUGUCAAGAGGGAUAAUGGUAAUAAGAAUGUGACUCCUAAUUUGGCUGCAAUUCCUUCUUUACUGGCUGUGAGUGGCUGA